AUGGCACCUCAAUUGGGAUGGAUCGGACUUGGUAACAUGGGCAUCGGCAUGUCCAAGAACCUCCAUGAACACGUUAAGAAGACCACUCCCGAGAAGCCCCUUCUCGUCUUCAACCGCACUGCCUCGAAGGCCGAUGACCUCAAAACCUCCGGCGCAGCAAUUGUCACCUCAGUCGAUGAGCUCCGAUCCAAGAGCGAUAUCAUCUUCACCUGUGUCUCCAACGAUGCCGCAAUCAACGACAUCUUUGAGAAUUUCCUCGCAGGCGACAUCAAGGGUAAGGUCUUCUGCGAGAUGUCUACCGUUCAUCCGGAGACAACUUCGACGCUGUACGAGAAGGCUUCGGCCGCCGGUGCUGAGUUCGUUUCUGCGCCCGUAUUCGGAGCCCCGCCCGUCGCUGCCUCAGGUCAGCUCUUGAUCAUUCUCGCCGGUGAUGCCCAGGCAAUCGAGAAGGUCAAGCCGUACUGCACUGGUGUCAUGGGCCGUGCUACCCUUGACCUCGGCGAAGACGUGGCGCGUGGAAGUCUCAUGAAGGUCAUCGGGAACACCUUCGUCCUGGCCAUUGUCGAAUCCCUUGCCGAAGCUCAUGUCCUCGCCGAGAAAUCUGGUUUGGGAAGCGACACGCUUGAUAAGUUCCUGAACUCCAUGUUCCCCGGCUCAGCUUUUGUCGGCUACUCCCAGCGCAUGAUCUCUGGCAAUUACGUUCCCGACGAAGGCAAGGGUCCUCUCUUCGGUGCUGAUUUGGCUCAGAAGGAUGCUAAGCAUGCGUUGGAUUUGGCCAAGAAGGCCGGCGCAAAAAUGAGCAUCACUGAAGUUGCGGAGAAGCACCUCCAAAGCGCCCAGGACUCUGCACCUGAGAGAAACGUGGAUUUGGCAGCUAUUUACGGAGCCGUGCGUAUGGAGGCAGGCCUCGGCUUUAGUGACAAGAUUGGUAAGUAG